AUGGCCUCCGAGCAAGACAUCACCGUCACAUACAAAGACCGCAUCGCGAUCAUCACGCUCAACCAACCCAAGAAGCUCAAUGCCCUGAGCGCCGACCACUACUAUCUGCUCGGCGAGCGGCUCCGCGAAAUCGACAAGCGCGAUGACAUUACCAUCACCGUGAUCACAGGGACCGGGCGGUUCUUCUCAGCAGGCGCAGACGUUUCCUCCGCGCGCCCUGGCUCCGGGCUGGGCACAAACGUCCGCCGCGAGCUGGUCCGUAGCUUCGUCGCCAACAACAUCGACGUAACGCACACCUUCUCCCACCACUCCAAGAUCCUCGUCGCAGCACUAAACGGCCCCGCCGUCGGGCUUUCCGCCGCCCUUGUUGCCCUCGCCGACUUCAUCUACGCCGCGCCGCACACCUUUAUCCUCACGCCUUUCUCGUCACUUGGUCUUGUUGCCGAGGGCGGUGCUUCCACGGCGUUCGUCGAACGCUUGGGAAUUGCCAAGGCCAACGAGGCCCUCAUUCAGAGCAAGCGGAUUACAUGCGAGGAGCUUGUGAACUCAGGCUUCGUGAAUAAAGUUAUCACGGCGCCUAGCGGGAAGCCCGAGGAUUCGGAGGGGUUCCUGGAGAAGGUGCUUGAGGAGGUUGAUGAGCGGAUGGGGCCGCAUCUGAAUCAGAGCUCGCUUUUGCGGAUCAAGGCGCUGAUUAGGCGGCCCGGGAGGGAGGUCAUGGAUCGGCAGAAUACCAUUGAGGCGUUCCAGGGACUAGAGAGAUUUCUGGCGGGGAUUCCGCAGGAGGAGUUUAGGAAGUUGGCGAGUGGGGAGAAAAGGCAUAAGCUUUAG